GUUUGUUUCAUACACCGGCAAUGAAGCUGUCUAUCAUAUCCUCCCUGGCGCUGGCCUGCGCCGUGACGGCGUCCCGAGAGGGCGAGUCCCGCAUGGCGCACCUCAUGGAGUUGAAAAUGGAGCAUCGGGAGCGUGCGCGCUCCCAGGGUCUCUUCAAGGUGAACAAGUAUAUUGACCUUGGGAGCGCCAAGUGCGUGGAUGGCAAGGCGGGCGAGUAUUCGUGCGAGAACGUCGAUCUGCAGGGUUUCCUGAGUCACCAGGCGCUGGGAAGUAAGACUCGUGAGGGGAACGAUGUGUGGGGUUGGGAGUCCGCCGAUGGCCGCGAAUUCGGCGUUGUUGGACAAACCGACGGUGUCGCCUUCGUCGAGAUCCUGGACGACGGUAGCGUCGAGUAUGUUGGUCGACUGCCUACCCAGACUGUAUCCAGCGUGUGGAGAGACAUGAAAGUCAUCAAGGACCAUGUGUAUAUUGGUUCGGAGGCGGAGGGACACGGGCUGCAGAUCUUUGAUCUGACCAAGCUCCUCGACACGAACAGCAGCAACCCGACCAGCUUCUCGAUCGAGGACGACCUGACGGCCUGGUACGACGGGUUCGGCAGCUCGCACAACAUCGUCGCGCACGAGGAGAAGGACGUCAUCUAUGCGGUUGGCACUGCGCGCCGACUCGAAUGCGCCGGCGGACUCUGGAUCGUGGAUGUCUCUGAUCCCGCGAACCCUGUGUCUCCGGGGUGCGCGAAUGAAGAUGGCUACGUGCAUGACGCACAAUGCGUCGUCUACAGCGGCCCCGACACCAAAUACACAGGGCAAGAAAUCUGCUUCAACUACAACGAAGACACGCUCACGAUCGUCGACGUAACCGACAAGAAGAACCCGAUCCAGAUCUCGAAGACGCCGUACGUCGGCGCCAGCUACACGCACCAAGGGUGGAUCGCGACGCCCGACCAAGCCUACCUGCUCCUGGACGACGAGCUCGACGAAGUCGACGGCACCGGGGAGGCGGCCAACGGGCACACGACGACCUACAUCUUCGACGUCUCGGACCUCUCGGAUCCCAAGCACACGGGGACCUACCAGUCGCCGGUGCGCUCGAUCGACCACAACCAGUACGUGCUGGACGGGCUGUCCUACCAGUCGAACUACGGCAGCGGGCUGCGCAUCGUCGACGUGUCGUCCAUCUCCGACGACCCGUCUGGCAAGGGCCUGAAACAGGUGGGUUUCUUUGACGUGCAUCCCGAGGAUGAUGAGGUCGGCGGGGAGGUUGAGUUUGUGGGCAGCUGGAGUGUGUACCCGUAUUUCAAGAGCGGGUAUAUUCUGUUGAAUAGUAUUGAGCGGGGGAUUUACUCGUUGAAGUAUACGGGUAAGUAG